GGAAUCGGCAAGCAAAGGAAGCGAUGAAAGUCGGGCAAGGACAUUUACUGCCUUCCUCGAACUGGGAGGCGUCCUCGCUAUUCCACACUUUGGGAGGUGGCGGCACAAUAAAGGCAGAAGAGAUGAAAAUUAUGGAGACGAGGUCACUGGCUCUGGCACUAGCCUUCUUUACAGUUUCACUCUUUCUAGAAGUUUAGACUUUGAAAAGUCCCAGGCAUGCCUCAUUAUUACGUGUUUCAGUUAUUAAUGUACUUAUACUUCGGCUAUAUGUUUGAUUUUAUGUGGAGGAGUUUAGAUACUCUGUUCUUCAACAUCAUGUGGCAGCAAAUUUUUGAAGUUAUGAGUCUAAUAUUUAGGUAGUUAUGAGCCUAGACUGACGAGAGAUAGUACCAUAAUUGUUAACACCAGGAGGUCUCUUGUUCUAUUCCUCGAGUUCAACUUUCCCAUCAACCUAUCAGGGACUACCAUGUUGGAGCACUUAUUUCUCAUUCAUUUAUUAGGCCUAGACGCGAGAUCAUACCAUUGUUAGCGCUUGCUUUAAAGAGUGUACUUAAAAAAACAAGUGCUUCCAUCUCGUCUAGGGUUAAGCCGAAUGAGCUGGUUCUGCUGAUGGAAUUAGUUGGAUCAAGAAGGGUCCUCUCAAUGGAGAUUGUUCCGUCUUAUUUGUUGACACUCUAUAAAACAAGGGCUCAGUACUAUUUAGGUCUCUUGAUGCCCUUGCUAGCCCUUGUUUUAAAGACAAAGAGUAUGUUAGAACCGAUAGGCCACCGAGUUCAGGAAUCUGAUCCUUUAAUAUUCCGCUUACUUCAUGAGUAAGAGCAGUGCCAAAUAGUGCAGUAAGAACAGAGCUUGUGUUUACACUCUUUAAUUAAAACAAGGGUUCGCGCUGGCAUCUCUCUAGGGUUAAACUUUCAUCUUGUUGUUUAAGGUUUCCAAUUUGUUUAGAGUUCUUUUUACCUUGCCUCUGAUUUUUCAUUUUCAUUGUGAUGGUUUUCGCUUUGGUAAGUAUUCUUCUACAUGAUUGCAAUCGUGACGCUCCCAGCACGCACGGCGCCACUAGCUAUAGGGUUUAUUCCAACGUGAUUGACUUUGACUACGGAUUUGCGUUUAGUUACUCUUAGGUUUAUUAUCCCACCAAGCAAAAUACGUAUACGUAUCUUUAUAUGUUCCAGCCACCACCGCUCCAUCCACAGGGGGGGGGCUCCCUCCCUGGUGCAUAUAUUUAUACGCAUUUUCUGUUGCGAACUCCUUUAAAAAGAAAAUGCCGCGCAACGCGGAGAAAACAGAGCAUGGGACGCAGGACCGCUUUACGAAGCGGAGGAUGGCCAGCGUGUCGGAGGAGGGCAGGCCAGGGCGUCUUCCUAUCGCCAUUACUCGCGUCGAUGCUACCAACUUGAAUUACGGAGCCUAGUGGUGAAUCAGUUAAUCACUUAGUGUUCACGUGCUUACUAAUUACACUUGUUCUGUACUACUCGUUUGAAAGAGAAAAAUGAGGAGGGUAAUCCAAGUCAGCACGAGUCUCGAUUAAAUUGUACUACUCGUAUCUGUAUCCUCCAUCUUCCCAAGCACAAUACACUUACUAAGUUGAUGAAUACACUUGCGUACUCGUCAGGUGGGAAGAUACCUAGUUACACUGUAAGAAGUGUAUCACCUUCCUGCAUUACAGACAAUGAUACUAUUAUAAUCGAAAUAGGCUACAAAAAGAGCAAAAAACAACUAGUGAAUUAUUCAUCACAAUGACAAUAGGAACAAUCGAGUUUAGAAGUACUAUUGUGAACAACUUUCCCCUCGAUGUUCACUUUUCCCCCAGAAUGGGUAAACUACUACUACUAGAAAGACGAGGAUCGUCACUCAUCACAAGCUUUAAUUAAAGCCUCUGUAUGAUAAUGUGCUGAUUGGGUAUUAUUUGGAGAAAAAAAUGAAGCGAGCUGACGCUGAAGACGGACACGCAGCCUUGUUAUGGAUGGUGUUAUCUUUCAGACCAUCUUUCAGCCCAUUUUUGAGAGAUCGGUCUGGUCUGGUAAGUAGAGGAUGAUCGCAACAUUAAGAUGGACUAUGUAUAGUCUCCAAAAUAGUCUGUGUACGACUAUGUGAGACUCAUGCCAUGCCAUCGCAACAUUAUAAGGUCAACAAGAGCUUCCAUUUGCUUCUUCUUCAACAAGAGCUUCCAACAUUAAGAUCAUCAACAAGAGGGGAGAAAAAACAACGUGAACUCUCAUGCUUGCUCAAAGAAUUCUUUCCGCUUGGGGGGUACCUACAAAAAGCUGAGACAUUUCAGAAACAAGCAGAAAUCGGCAGCUGUCACAGCGUGAAUAGUCAAAAAAUCGCUGACGCGCUUGAAUUUAUGAUCCCUCAGUCAUCCUUCUCAUGAUAGAUUAUCUACUUAGGUUUGUCUAUAGAGUAGUUUAUAGAACGGAUGUAGGAUGGACUUGGAUGGAUCGGAAGGAUCGGAUGGACCCCCCUGAUUCUUCCGAUCCUACUUGAAAUGGUGGGAAGUCCAUUCGAUCCAUCCGAUCCAUCCCAUCCCGGAUGUGGCACCCCUAUAAAUUGCUCUAUUAAAUCAGAUAGAUCAUCCUUCUCAGGAUAGAUUAUCAUAGGUUUAUCAGAUAGAUUAUCCUUCUCAUGAUAGACUAUCCUGUCCUUCUCAUGAUAGAUUCUCCUGCUAGGCUAGCCCCUCCAUCAUAUGAGAGAUUGAAAGUUCUCUUCUCUAAACAUUUCAUCAGAUGAGAGACUGUUUUUCUACGCAUCUAAUGCACCAAGUCAAUAUCUGUCUCUACCUCCGCCAUUAUCCUUCAGCGGGGAUCAGAUUCCAUACCAAGAUUAAGGCUCAUAGGAUCCUAGACGUUAGUCCACUUUGAUCAGAUUCCAUACCAAGAUUAAGGCUCAUAGGAUCCUCGACGUUAGUCCACGUCUUCUACAACUUCCCUUCUAGCAUAAUUUCAAGAAAUAAAAACACUGUAGCACCAGUUGUGGUCGAAAGAUGAUUUCGUUUGGUCUGCCGAGUCGAAAUGGAAAAUCAUUUUCUUCUUUCGAGGCUGUGGCUGUGGGAGAAAUUUUCUAACAAGAAUUGCUGAGAGAUUAUCCGACUCCAAAGAAGAGGCACUUCAUGGAAGUGACGCGAUUACCUAUCAAAGGGGAUGGAUCUUGGUUAUGGCUUCAUCCUCAAGAACAGUAUAGUAAACAAUGGGUCUUAGAAGUAUCGUGUCUGUGGUUUCCCUCUUUUUUCUCUUUGUCUGUUGCCUGCGGAAUGCACUGUCUCCCACGCCCAGACUGACUGGAGCCAUGGCCCCUGAAAUCUUCUAACUCUAAUUCAUCCUUCCUGAAUCCAUCUCGUCUUCUAUGCUAGAGAUUGCAUCCCUCAAGAACUAAUUAUGUCUUUAUUGUUUUCUAAUUCUAGAAUUGAAUAGGUCGUGCUCCACCACAAAUACUACAUUCUACACAAAGAAACAGUACUUCUACACAAACUUCUAGGACUACUAGGGAAGGGAUGAAAAAGCUCUAACUAGGUCAGCUCGAUCUUCACGUUCCACGACGCCAGCAAUUACGUCUAUUAGUAUUAAAAAGUAGAGUAACGUCGAUUCUUCAAGGCAGUGACAUUCAGGAUGGCAGUGAAGUUAAGAGUAAAUAAAAGAGUUCUUCUACUAAAAAUAGUAACGAUUCGGAUUCUGUAAGGGUUUUUGUUUUUAGCUCCUCAGCAGCCAUUCAUGUCUGCCAGUUUUCCUGGUAGGCGGACACCUAACCUAACCUAAGGCAUACUCAAAUUCAGAAAUUAGACAUCGUCGACAUGGUCACACUGAGCAUCGUUCUUCUUGUAGCACUCGCAUAUUAUUGAUUCCUGUAGAAGUAGAGUGCUUCUACUCCUAGUUGAUUUAAUAUGAUCGACGAACGAUUAGGAUUACGAUAUCCUCGUCUAGACGACCCAGGAGUAUGUUCAUCAAUAAAUCUGAAAGUCAAAUAUUAAUUACUAUCCGGAACUUCCUCUGAAGGUCAACGUGAUGGACAAGUAGAGCACAAGAUCACUUACCACUAGGGUUUACAACUUAAACAUAUAAUUACCCCUGCUAGGAAGAUGAGAAAUAGAGGCAAGUCAGUCACCAGCCACGGAUGAAUAACCUUCCUUGGGCCUUUUUUUUGAUCUUUGCUAGGCUCUUCAGCAGCCGUCGAGGUCGAAGUCUGCCACAUUGGAUGGUAGAUGCCAACCUAACCUAACCAAAAAAGAACAAGUGGUCUCGAAAGACGAUUAUAUCACUCUCAAAUGGGUGGAAGACAAAGAAAACCAAAAUGCAGAAAGAUAGAGGUGGUCGCUUCUCUAAUACUUGACAGACUCAUUUUACAAGAAGGACCAAGAGCGAGCUCGCGUUGGAUAGGGAGCUCAGUGAAGCUCAGUCAGCAGGCUUGCCGGGGGCCGGCGUGACGACUCACGGCCAAGGAGUAACUCUACGAUGAGCCGGGUUGGAAACGUCUAAGUACAUCACCACCACCAGUAAACGCAAGUACUACAUCACAGAACCUGAGUCUACACGUCUUCCACCUUGAUCUAAAUGGUUCGCACAACUUUAUUUUUGGCGAAGGUUUCCGUGACACUUGUAUAAAUAUGCACUACUUGUUGUUUUCAUUCUACUGUACUAGUCUAAGGAGGAGGAAUCAAUUUUUUUACUCAUCUUGUUUGUUUCAUGCACGGUCCAAAAAAGUAGUAGAGUGACGGAGAAUCAGAAUGAGUACUAACUUCUGUGCUCUAAUUAUUGAUGUUCUAGAAGACGCUCUAGGUCUAGGGCCAUCCCCUGUAGGUCGAGAAUCCUCAUCGGCGAUGUUCAGUGCAGGAGCGACAUCUGCAGGGAGUGGUCUUGAUAGUACAGGUGGUGAUAUUAUGGCAAAGGCUAUCCAAUGAUUGAUCUCUCUUUCUAUUUAGGGGAUCCCUGAAAAUAGUUCAUGACCUCUAUCUAGGGGCUCCGUGUCCCUCAGUCCCCGACGUUUUCUUUAAUAUCUACUCCGAACACUAGAAUGCGAAUUAAUGCACAGGACGAAAUUGAACGGUAUGGGUAUCUACUCCUGUCUGUCCAAGGUACAACAUACGGAAGUAGGGCGUCUGAAUGUCUGAGAUGAUUCUAGUAGCUGCGGCAUAUAAUUCUAUUUCUAUUCUUUUUGAGUCUUAAAGGUUCUUCUUCUUCGCAUUCAAAGGGAUGAAUAAGGGAUAGGGAGGAGCUUCGCAGGAAUGAAUACGGGAUAUCGAGAGCUCUAAUCCACCACCUCGUGCUUUUCUGGAGCAUGAAGGAAUACAACCACGACAACGACACUCGUUGGAUUCGUCAGGGGUUGCUGUUGCUGCACAGGCACUAUAUACUUCUCAAAAACAGCCACUAUCUACUUCAGUUAACUCAACAUCUGCAAUUUCAAAAUCAACAUCGCAAAAAGAUGUUGUUGUUGAACAAGACCUGCUGCAAGAUGUAGAUGGUCGACGAGGACAGCUAGUAGAAGAUGAUCAACCACUACAAGAUGUAGAUGGUCGACGAGGACAGCUAGUAGAUCCAUCAGCAAAAAAGGAGGAUGAUGAUGACGGAGAAGAUGAAGCUACUAGUUCUUCUUGGGGAGAUGUCGAGUAUGCAUCCACUAUUAAGGUUGGGCUUUAGGUGUUCCUGUUGCCGUUCGUUGUGCCGUUCUUAAUGGGGAAAGACACACCAAGCGGGAAACGGAAACACCAAGGCCCUACCUCUUUCACUAGUAGCACUACGGGACCUAGUGAAAAUGAAGGCGAUCUUCAUGAUGAGGACGACAAAUCUCAGAGGAAAAACGCUGUUGGACUGACUGGUGGAGGUGAUGAAAGAAAUAGCAAUACUACAAAAACAACAACAAGAACACGUACUAACACAACUUCAAUUUCUAGAACAACGGGACGAACAGAUAGCAAAAAUGGAACAACGAGUGUCGAUGUUGUCGAGAGCGCGAGCCAACAGCAAGGGCAAGACAAGGCUCUUCUUAUGGAGAGCAUCCAUCAACAAGAAGAUGAACCUGUUGAACAAGAGCAAGACAAGUUGCGACGUGAAGACAGUGGUGCUAUAAUUACUAGUCCUGAAAACAGCACUAGUCCUGGCGUGGAAGUGGAUGUUCUCAAGGUAGAUGUUCUCAACACUACUACACCGCCAACAUCGAAUUCCUCUGAUACAACAAGCACUCCGAAACCGAAUGCUCCUCCUACAACUGAAGCUGAAGACACUCCUGGCAGCUCCAGUACCAGUCCCAGUCGUGUAAGCAAAAACUUUCUAGAAGAUGAAAUGGACGAGGAUGACCAUGACCGCCAUGACCAGGAUGGUCUACCUAGCAAAGAUGUUGAUAGUUUCUUGCAGCAAGAAGAUGAAGUAGUGGUAAACGAACAAGAAAAAAAGCUCGUCAAUGACCAGGACCAGGUAGAAGCGAUGGUGAUGGAAACCAAAGCUACAGCGCCGGAAGCUAGUGCAUUUUUUAGCAUCCUUGGUCUUGUUGGGGGUGAAGAUAAUCUUGCAGGAGAGAAAAGUCAGGAGGGCAACGAUCAUCAGCUUGAGAAAGGAGAAGGGCAACAGGAAGACUUCGUGGAUCCUGAUUUCUACUAUGGAAUGGACUAUGUAUUUGUGUAGAUGAGUACUAGAGUAGCAGUACUACUCGCUGGUGUUGUAACAGAUUUCUCAUACUAGGUCUUCUACGUUAGUAGAGCAGUAACUUUUGUAGUAACAGAUUUCGAUUUGUGGUUCUUCUUGUAACGAAAACGACGUUCUUAAUCUUCUAAAGCAGUACUGCUAGUAACCCAAAUAGAAAUCAUGUCUUUGUCUUAAUAUCCCAAUUAUGAUCUAUUUCUUCUUAAUAGAGAGCAAUAUUACAGUUAAUUUCAAUACGCCAGGAGCACGUCUUAAUUACACAAGGAAGAAUGACUUUCAAUAACGAGCUGGAGUUGUAUAAUAUGUAUUGAACUCUUCAGCGGUGUCUUUUGAAUUUGCUUCAACUUGAAGUGAAGUGAAAUUAAAUUCUAUAGCUCGUUUGGAUAGACAACUGCCACAACCUUCGGAUAGAGGUUCUGAUAGAUUUUGAAUCUUUAGUAGUAAUACGAAUAUCACUUCCUGGAACAAAAUAUAAAAAAGUAAAUUUGGUUCUUCUUCGUGCAGUCGCGAUAGCGAUUUCGAGUGCAGGAGUUAGAUUGUUCUACUUCUUAAGUAAUACCAGUAAGUAAGAAGUUGUAACAGAAGUAAGACCUCUACCUUUGCUGGAGUUUGUCGGAAUUAUGUUCUUUCGUAAGAUCAAAUGCUGUUAUGAUCCUCUUGAGCAGGACUUUCACCAAGACCAACGCCAAGGGUUGUGCGUCACCGACGUUCUUCUUUUUCUUCUUGCUUUCGUGAAUUCAAGAAAA